UUUUGGCCUUGGGUUUAGCGCGCAAAAUGACACUAUUUCAGAGUUCGGAGAAAGCCAAUGACCCCCUUGAUUCUUCACAAGAUCGUGGGAAAGAGUUCAGAACUGAAUCUCUAUUAUGUCGUCUGAAGUAUCAGAAUAAUUUGCCAGAGCUCCCUUUCGAUCCUAAAUUCUUAGUAUAUCCUCUCGAACCUUCCAGAUUCCUUCAAUAUGUUGCUACCUCUUUGGAAAGGAACUAUAAGCAUGAAUUACUCACAGAAACAGAUGUGGGAGUUGAGGUUGACUUAAUUGAUCCUGAUGUUUUCCGAAUUGACAAAAAAGCAACUCUUCAUCCGGAUGAUGAGCGACUCUUGGAAGAUGAGGCUCCUACUUUUGUCAAUGCACGUAAAUCUAGACAUCAAAAGUCAGUGUCCUGGCUAAGGAAAACAGAAUAUAUAUCUACUGAGCUUUACAAUCGUUGGAACAAAUCUGAAAAGGUGGAGUCUAAACUUGGGUACAAUGUUAAACGCCAUCUCAAUGAAGAGAUCGUGUAUCGUGAUCGCGAAAGCCAGAUCAAUGCCAUUGAAGAAACGUUCAAAGCAGCUGAAAAACCUAUUCAUAAGCACUACAGUAAGCCAAAUGUGCACGCUUUGGAGGUACUUCCAGUGUUACCGGACUUCACAUUAUGGAGAUAUCCAUGUGCACAGGUUAUUUUCGAUGAUGACCCCUCUCGUAAAAAUAAAACUACCACUGAACAAAAGGAGGAGGUGAAUCAAGCAAUGAUUCGUGGUAUGGUAGAUGAAUCUGGCGACCAUUUCGUUGCUUACUUCCUACCAACUGAACAGACUAAACAAUUACGUCGUUUAGAUGCUGAAAAUCGAAUACCAUAUACUGAAGAUGCUGCCUAUGAAUAUGAACUUACACGAGAGUACAAUUGGAAUGUCAAAAAUAAAACUAUGGCCAAUUAUGAAGAAAAUUAUUUUUUUUGUUUUCGUAAAGAUGGAGUUUACUAUAACGAAUUAGAGACCAGAGUCCGUCUUAGUAAACGGCGUAAAUUAAACCAGUCUGGUACUAAUGUUGGCGCUCUACAAGCCCCCAAAACUCGUUUGAUUGUUCAUCAUCGAGAUUUCACGGAUGAGGAAUUGAAGGCUCAAACUGACCGUUUAUAUAUGCUGGAACAUGAUGUUGAAGGUGACGAAGAAGAUGACGAAGGAAAUGCAGAUGGUGAUGAGAAUGUUGCUGAUGAAGAUUCAAUAAACAAUGAAAAAGAAACCAAUCGUAAAACUAGUUAUAACGGUAAUUUAGGGUUUUACUAGUGUAUCAUAUAUACUCGCAAAUUUCCAGUAUUAUAAACUGAACUAUAUAUUGUUAUUCGACAAAUUCCUGAAAAAAUUAUUAACCACUGUUUGCCGUGAUCACCGAUGAAUUAUAUUACUGCAGCUCACUGAGGCAAACUAGCGUAGGCUUUAAAGCUGACUGAAAAAGUACUUAAAGAUGCCCAAACCCAUUUAUUUAACGGAUAUUGAUCUUAUCAGCAAAAAUAUUGUAUGUUUCAUCAUUCAGAUCGUGAAUAUCCCGUUAAUCAGUGGUUGGAGACGAUAGAUGAUAUAACUCGAGAUCGCUUCUUAUUUUAGAAGGUCCGGACUAUUUGUUAUCAUAUUUCUUUGUUUUUUAUUUAUUAAUCUAUCAGUCAUUUUUUAUAUGUAUUAUUUUUUUGAGUCGACUUAUUACUCAGUUGUAAAUUGCGUUAACUUAAACUCUUCAAUCUUGUCAGAAAUUCCAUGUGUUCUUCGUUUUUCUGGUAAUUUUGUGAUUCUUCAAACGAUUGUGUCUUUAUAUCCAAUCAGUUUGCUAGUUCCUUUGCUAUAGUUUUAUAUAUUCUUUCUUAAGUAGUUUAAUCCUUUACACCGUUCAGUGCAUUGUUCGCAACAUACCAAUUGAUAAAAUUGUUACUACCAACGACAACUAGUUUGAGACCAUGCAGUUUAGUUCAUUAAGCUACUAAUCUAAUGUUUAUUAUACUAUCCUUACAAAAAUGGUUGAGGGUAAAGUACAUGUUUAUUUCACUAGUAUAGUACUCACAAUUACUUUUUUAAGAUUAAUGAAUUCGUAGUUGUUAUAAACUAUUUUAGUUUUGUUUGUUUGUUACUUUGAUAGACACCAAACCUUUAAAAAUUCAACACUAAUCAAUUACUUAUUUACUUUCCUAACGAAAAGCAAUUUAAAAAUAGAUCCAAGUGAUAGAAAUUUGACUUCAUUAUUAUUCCAAAAAGCUAUCAAUGUGGAAAUAAAGUAUGUAGACAAACUGGUUUUACGGAUUAUUUAUCCAUCCAUAUAACUACAAAACAUCCUUGUAUUAUAUGCAGUCCCAAUGCGUGCUAUAAACUUUGACUGCAGUUCCCUACUUUAACUUCUAAUCAUGAUUUUUGACGCUAUUUUGAGCCUAACAGUCAGUUUUAAAAUCUCUGAAGGUCAUUAGGGUAAUUUAGUUCCAUCACUCAGUUGCCAUUUAUGUCAUCUGACCGGCGUCUUUGGACUGAAUGUGUUUAGGCUCUGUAUAUAACAUACGCAACAUAAAAACUCGGACAUUCAAUUAUCUGUUAAAUAAUUCAUCAGUUUUCGAAGAUGAUGUACAUACGAUAAGAUGACUGCUUUACUUACCUGCAAGCUAAUCGAGUAAGUGGAGCUAAAUAAGACUAAGAUUUGAUAAAUCAUAAACUGUGUUCACAAAAUGGGGCUCAGCUUUUAAUAAAGUUUUACUAGAAUUAUAAAGUCAAAUAUGUCGGUAUCAUGAUUUCUUCGGAAAAGUUGUAAAGAUUAAGCGAUGUUAUGAAUAUUUCCUUCAAAUGAACCUUGAUAACUGUUCAUACCAACUAUUAUAUCAAUUCAGCAUACUCAAAAGUGACCGAUCUUGCAAUAGGAAUGAUAAAUAAUAUACCUAUGACGAUGAAUUUACAUUUCGACAUCUGUUUUGUUUGUUGAAAUUGCGUAAACUUGUGAAAUACAGUCAUCCAGUUUUGCAGCCAAUUAAAAAACAUCAGGCUACGUGGGUUGUAGUUAGUGUUUGUGAAAUAUAUAUCCAGUUAGAAUAGAGACAUUCUAGUUUUUGCAUAUGAAUAUGAGUACAAUAGAAAAUAUUUUCCCAUCUUCUUUAUCUAUUGCUUAAUAAAAGCCAGAUGAAUUAUUUUUUCUAUAAGCCAGUGAACCUGGUAAAUUUCUCAAGUUACUAUCUUCUUGAUACAAAUUUUUUUUAGAAAUAAAACCCUGUAUACGAAAGUUUGCUUGGUUUUAGGUAGUGACGACGAAGAAGAGGCAGAGGAUGGAAUUAGUGAUGGUCAAAACACUGAGGCUGGAGAAGAAGCAGAGGAGGAAGCUGAAGUCGAGGAAGAAGAUGAAGAGGUCGAAGAAAUACAAAAGGUUGAAGCUAAAAAACGUUUCCAAUCUAAUAAUAACUAUAAUCGUUCCAAAACGUCUCAUCAUUCUGAUGACGAAAGUGACUUAAGUGACCUGAGUGAUUAAUUAUCAUUCAGGCCGGAUAUCGUGUAUGCUUGUUUCUUGUAUUGUAUUAGUUUGUUUUCCUAUUAAUUUGCAAAAUUACUUCAAUAAUGUGUAAAUAUAUCUAAUUCCUUGGUUGUUCUAUUAUAUCAUAUAGUUUGCAUUGUUGUUUAUUUGCAAUAUUCUGGUAAUUUUCUAUAUCACUACAGUAUAUAAUUCUGAAAAAAAUUUCAUACUAAGUAACCAGUUAAAUUUCACAUAAAAGAUAGUUAUAGUUCUCG